GACUGGGGAAAUGCUGCGGCAGGAGACGACCAUCAGAGCCGCUAUUCUGAGACCAACAUGGGGAGAAACAGAGAGACUGAGGAGGAGCAGAAAUCCACCGACUGACGAUCAUCACUCACCCAGAGACACGCAGCUGAGGCUGGAGACCCAGAAUGACUGCACUACGUCGUCUGAGGCAAUGCCCCUCCACAGGCAUCCUUAUCUCUCAGCUUCACACCAGCAGCUGUGCCUCUGCCAAACAGCAUUACAAAAUGCUUGUUCUUGGAGGAGGAAGUGGGGGCAUUACAAUGAGUGCACGGAUGAAGAGGAUGAUGGGAGCUGAGAAUGUGGCCAUUGUGGAGCCCAGUGAGAUGCACUACUACCAGCCAAUAUGGACCCUGGUUGGUGCUGGUGCAAAAAGUGUCGCCUCAUCAGGUCGUCCCACUGCAAGUGUUAUGCCGUCUGGAGUGAAGUGGGUGAAAUCCAAAGUUCAGGAAAUAAACCCAGACACAAAUACUGUCCGCACAGAUGAUGGGACUGAAAUCUCCUAUGAAUAUCUGAUUGUGGGUCUUGGUUUACAACUCCAUUAUGAGAAGAUCAAAGGACUGCCAGAGGGGCUUGAACAUCCAAAGAUUGGGUCAAACUACUCAGUCCAAACUGUAGAGAAAACAUGGAAAGCCUUGCAGAAUUUCAAAGAGGGCAAUGCCGUGUUCACUUUCCCAAAUACUCCUGUGAAAUGUCCUGGAGCUCCACAGAAGAUCAUGUACUUAUCAGAUGCCUUUCUCAGAAAGACAGGAAAAAGGAAUAAGGCCAAAGUAAUAUACAACACUUCCCUACCUGUGCUGUUUGGGGUCAAGAAAUAUGCUGACUCAUUGUGGGACAUUGUGAAACGUCGUGACCUACAAGUGAACCUCAGGCAGAACCUGAUUGAAGUGCGGGCAGACAAGCAAGAGGCUGUGUUUGAAAAUCUUGAUAAACCAGGUGAAACCAAAGUGUUUGAGUAUGAAAUGCUUCACGUUGCACCACCAAUGGGACCCCAUUUGGUUAUUAAAGGAAGUCCACUGGCUGAUGAGGCUGGAUGGUUGGAUCUCAACAAAGAUACCCUUCAACAUAACAAGUAUCCUAAUGUGUUUGGGAUUGGUGACUGCACUAACCUGCCCACAGCAAAAACUGCUGCAGCUGUCGCUGCACAGUCUGCUAUCUUGAACAGAACAAUCAGCAAAGUGCUGAAAAAUGAGAAGCCUGAUAAGAAGUACGACGGGUACACGUCGUGUCCAUUGGUCACAAGCUACAACACAGUAAUUCUGGCAGAGUUUGACUACAAUGGACAACCACUAGAAACAUUCCCCAUCAACCAAGCCAAAGAAAGAAGAUUAAUGUACCACAUGAAGGCUGAUGUGAUGCCUCACCUCUACUGGCAUGGGCUUCUUCGGGGCCUGUGGGGUGGUCCAGGACCUUACAGGAAAGUCUUUCAUCUGGGAAUGAAAUGAAACGUCACAAUAAGUUUGCAUAUUUAAACUUAUGCAACAAAAAUGAAGUGAUAAAAAAAGUGCAGUGAUAAUACAAUAGCCCUAUUUAUUGUAUACAAUUAAACAAUAAAAAUACUAUUUAUUAGUUGAUAAAAAAGGAGAAGGAAGUCAUCAUUUUAUCAUCUUCUUUACUUUAAUGUUUUCAUUUGCAGUUUUCCUAUUUCACACCAUCUUUAUUACUCUAGCUCCCUCAUGUGGCGUAUUUGUAAAAACCCAAAUAUGUCAGUCGCAAGUUUUGCUUGAUUUGGUAGUCAGUGCCACAAAUUGCCAUUCUAAUGAUUAUCUUUCCUGGAAGUGAUGGAGUUUUUAUUUAUUGUAUCUGAUAAUGUAACAAGUAUGGUUACAGCUGCAUUAUGUAAAAUUGAGAUAAACAUAAACACAUUUCCAGAUGCACAAACACUAAUUUUAAAGAAAAGGUUUACAUCUAAAAUGAAAUAAGUCCUGUACUGGACUCAUCAAGCACUAGGAAAAUUAGUUAUCAUUGUUAGUAGCAAGUUAAUUAAACUUAAAUUGCUUUAAAAAAUCUAUUUACAAUUAGGUAUAUGGAUAUUAACUGAGCAAUGAAAGUCAGAUAGGCACUUAGUUUAUUGUAUACCCAGCUAAAACUAUUAUUUAUACCCUCAUGGAUAUAAAUGGAGCAUAAACAUUUUGUGAUAUUUGAAUAUGAUGUAGAAAUAGAACAGGCAACAGCCUCCAAAAAGACAAAAAUAAACAACAGUUUCAUCAAAAAUUAAUCAUGUCAAAUGCAUUUACUGCAUUACUUUUCCUAACACUUCUACAUUUAGGUGUACUAAAUGGAGGCUAAUAAACUAGCUCUGAGUGUCAGUUAUCUCAACAGUAUUUGAGGUUAGCUUGUGAUCACCAGUUUUGUGACAGAAUUAAGUGCUAAUAAAUUUUGAUAAGUCAUUCAGAUGUAUUUCAUGGAGAUAAAUCAUAUUCAGUGCAAACAGAGGUUUUCAAACAUACAAAUAGGUGGCUGAAUAUAAAAUGUUCAACUCCUGUUUUAAAGUUCCUGUGGCACAACAGAAGAUAACGUGGAGUCUAUGAUACACUCAGACAUACACACUCCCACAGUUCAAUAUGUUAGAAAUACUUUUUCACAGUACAGUACUGUGAUUUGUCCUUGUUUGUAUUGGAAAAUAUGCAUGCGUGCUGUCGUGGGAAUAAAGGUUGUAAGUUGAUCCCUAGUAACAGCUAUUUAUAGACUUUUUUCUGAGCAGACAGUUUGACUUAUGACAGUAGAAAAAGCACAAGUGUAUCACUGGUGGCUGCAUUCCACUUAGAGAAGGUGGUGACUGGCACAUUUAAUGGAACUGAGCCAUCGUAAACUCACCUGUGUGUGUUAAGAGAGGCAAAGGUCAAUACAGUUCACAGAUGCAGAAAAUAAAAAAUAGACUUUCUUUAGAAACAAGCUUCAGGCACAGUCUCAGUAUAUUUAUGUGUGUGUAUAACAGGAAGGCCAUGUUUGUGAAUCCUGUCACUCCAUAUGAUUUUUCUUUUAUCGGUGCUUUUCUUGUGGCACUUUCUUGUUCAUUGAUAGAUUUUGUUUGAUUUGCUUGGCCGGUUGGAUGAUACUAAAGAGGUCGUCUCAUCUAAAGAAUGUUCAGCUGCAUUGAUUUUACAGCAGCACCAACGAGUGUAACAAAUGAGAUGUUUAUCUGUUUUUUAGGCACCUCAAUAUCUUAUGUCUUUAUAUCAUUAUAUAAAUUGAACAACUUUCUCAUAAGAGUUUUAACGAGCUCGACUGCAUACAGUCCAUUGUCAUUAACAUCGUUGCACUAUUUAGUGACUAUUCUCUUGAGUUUUUUUUAGUUCAUGCUGUUUCUGAUUUAAAUAAAAGUAACUGGACAACUGA